ACGUCGGGGGGGCGACUGCACCUUUGUCCCGGGAUCGGACGGAUCAGCCUCGUCGACACGAUCCUCAUCGAGGAUCCGAUGGAACUCGCCAAUUACGACGAGGAAGAAGCCGACGGUUCCGCCUCAUCGGCGUCGUCUGCUUCCAGCGACGGCAUCAACCCCGUCUCCGGCGGGGCGAUGAACGUCGCCAAGGAAUAUCACAACCUCGACUUCAAACUCAUCGUGGAGACGAAAUUGGGUCAGCCUUUCAGCGUUCACCUCAUGGCCCCUUCGUUGCAGGAGAAACAGGCCUGGGUCACCGACAUCUCUCAGUGCUUGGACAACCUGCACUUCAACACGCUGCUGCACAUGGCGAAGAGCCAGGCCUCGUCCGUGGCCAUGCCCCAGACGCUCAAGACGGACCCGAGGCUCUUCAAGGACGAUGUGGAUAUUCGAUUCUCCAGGGCUCUCAAUUCUUGCAAGGUU